GUUGGCAUCACUGUGUCGCACAGUGCUGUAAAACCGCAAAAAUAUCGCACUAAUGUUUAUCAUAUUUAACAAUUUUCUGUUUAUCUAUUUAAAAUAAAGCACGCAAUGUGUUAAAAUGCAAAUACAUUUAACAUAAUAUGCUACAGAAUAUUCAGUAAUUUAAGUGGGAUUAUUUCUGUUUUAUUUUUCUUAAGGUUCAUGCACUGUGCAGAGAUCGUGUGAUAUGUCAAAUUCCACAAAAUUUUAACUAAAUAGUUUUACGGUAAAUAGUAUUCAAAGAGCUAUAAAAUGAGUGAUAAAAAGGAUGAAAAGGUGGAAAAUGUCGAUAAGGAAUUAUCAGAUCUCUUGGACAGUGCUUUAGAGGACUUCACAACAACUAAGGACGAACCAAAAAAGGACAGUAAAGAAAUUGGAACCACAAGCAAUACCGAAAAUAAUGUUCCUGAACAAUGGACUGAAGAUUUUAUCCAACAAGCUGCUAGUCAAUUUGAAGCAAAUUUUUCGAACUUAUUGGCUGGGGGCGAUCCAAAUGCUCAAGUAACGCCUGAGUUUAUACAGCAAAAAUUGCAACAGAUGGCAGAAGCCGCACAGCAAGUUCUUGAGAAUCCCGCACAAGUAAAUGAAACUACAACUGAUUUUGGACAGUCAAUUUCACAAGCCAUUCAAGGUUUAAAUCAGGGGGCUGAAGGUCUCCAAAAUCCAUUUUCCGAGGAUGAUUUAAUGAAAAUUUUUGGAAAUCCUGAAGGUGGAACAAACGAUUUAUUACCUUUCAUGCAAGGUAUGAUGCAAGGGUUGUUGAGUAAGGAAGUUUUGGGGCCCAGCCUAAAAGAUUUCGUUGCCAGGUUGCCAGAAUAUUUGGAAAAAAACAAGGACACAAUUUCCGCGGAAGAUAAAGAGAGAUAUUUGAACCAAAAAAAAUUGAUGGAAGAAGUUUUGCAGGAGUUGGACAAAGAGGAAGAGUCUCAAAAUGCUGAGGAGAAAAAGGAAACAUUCAGCAAAGUUUUAGCUUUAAUGCAAAAAUUACAAGACUAUGGACAACCCCCUUCGGAACUGGUUGGUGAUGUGGAGACCCCAUUUAACUUUGACCCUUCAGGGAACCCCACUGCGCCUCCACAGGACUGCUGUAUAAUGUAGACGUUAAAAUAAAAAUAGAAAUCCCCCAAAAACACCAAAAAAAGUCGAAUUUUUAUUACUUCGUAAAAAUUACGUUGAAAUGACUUAAAAAUUACUAUGAAGUCGUUUUGACGUUAAAUGUUAGGAUUUUAGGUGUUAAGUUGGAAAAGUAAAGUUGUUAAGGGUUUUUUAAAUUAUUAUUAUUUGUUAUAUUUUAAAAAACGGUGAAAACUGCGUGUAUAUAUAUUUAUUUUAUAUUAAAACUGUAUACACAAACAAAAC